GUCUCUUUGAGUUAGUCGAUGGUGAACUGCUAGUUUUAGGGUUUCACCAUGGGCCUGUUGUACACAGCAGCUUUCCUCCUGGGAGCCUUGAUCUCCACUGUUGGUGGCAGUGACGUGGAGGGCUACUCCAAAACUGAAGGUGCAUGGAUUCUCUCACUGAACAAACGAACGUAUUCAGUUAAUACUGUGGCUGAGUGUGCCACCAAAUGUAACACUGAAACAUCUUUCACAUGCAAGUCUUUUAUCUAUAAUGAAAAGGACCAAGAGUGUUGGACAGCAGCGGCAAACUCUAAAACACACAGUGUCUUUCGCAGAAGCAGCACAGCUUUAUAUGAAAGAAAUGCAUAUCUUCUGGAGUGUGUAAAUGGAAUAGGAACAGAUUACAGAGGAACAAAGUCCAGAACAAACUCAGGAAAGAUCUGUCAAAGAUGGGACUCAAGCUACCCACACAGGCCAAAUUUCACACCGCAGAGCCACCCACGAGCAGAUCUGGACUCCAACUUCUGCAGAAACCCUGAUAGGGACAGCAAUGGACCAUGGUGUUACACCACUGACCCUAACGCCCGCUGGGAAUACUGCAACGUACCCAGCUGCUUGGCAUAUAUUCUGGAGUGUAUAAAUGGAAGAGGAACAGAUUACAGAGGAACAAAGUCCAGCACAAACUCAGGAAAGAUCUGUCAAAGAUGGGACUCAAGCUAUCCACACAGGCCAAAUUUCAAGCCGCAGAGCCACCCACAAGCAGAUCUGGACUCCAACUUCUGUAGAAACCCUGAUGGGGACAGCAAUGGACCGUGGUGUUACACCACUGAUCCUAACACCCGCUGGGAGCACUGCAACGUACCCAGCUGCUUUGGGUGACAGAGGUGGUCCUCUGGUUUCUUAUGAGCAGAACAGAUUUGUCCUUCAGGGACGCCCAGUGUCUACGCUCGAGUUUCUAAGUUUGUGGACUGGAUCGAUGCAACCAUCAAAGCCAACUAAAAGCUAUCAUCUGUAAUGCGGUUGUUGAGGAUGUCUUAACAUGUAUACUUUGUUCUGCUCUGACGUGAACGUUUUUAUUAAGUAUGGAUACACAUUAAGUAGAGCAUGAAUAUUGAAUGAGAAAAAUACAAGUUAAACAAAAUCAGAAAAUCCCACUUUAUACAAGAUGAUUUUAAGUGAAAUAAAAAGUGGCUAUACAGUUGUUUAUCUGUUCUGAUUUAAAAAGAUUCUAUUUAUUAUGUUACAUUAUAACAGCUAUCAUGACUGACAAACACUGAGUUUUGAAGAGAAAUUUAGGAAAAGUGUUCCUAAGAAAAUGAAUAAAAACAAGCAUGUUGAGAUGGAUGUUCAUGUGGGAUUGAACUAAUGACAAAUGUAUUUGAAGUAAAAUAGCAUAAACUGAAUGACAUAUUAAGUGAAGUGUAUUCAUAUGUGACUGGAUGUUUAUCUGUGUUGGAAUUAGUGACAAAUUAAGUACAAGAUGGAAGAGAAAUAAAUGUAAUCUAAGUCAA